UACAAGAAAAAAGCUUAUAGCGUCAGCCAAAAAGCAGCGGUUGGUACUGAACCGUCUUCGCUGUUGUGUUACCAGCGGUUAGUGCGGCGUUCCUUCAACCGCCGCCCCUGUUUGAAAUCCUGCGACGUUUUCAGUAUGUUUCGCGGCGGCUUGAUUGGGUGGACGAAAAUAAAAUUUUCAUUCCCCCUUUUCCUUUCUUUAAUUGGAUUCCCUCUUUACACUCUUUCAAUCGAAAAACCCUUAUAUCUCCAUAACUUAAUAUUCUCUCUUUCUCUCACAUAUGGUUCUCUCUUAUUCUCUGUCACGAACGCAGAAGCUCUCUUCACCAUCACCAUUGCAUCACCUCAUCACCAUCGUACGACCACAUCACCAACAUAAAGUUUGGAAUGUUGCGAGCAGGUAUAAUCAUCUCAAACUGAUACUUUAUGACAUUAUAACUAAUGUGUUGGAAUGCUUUUUUACUUUGAAUUUGAAAAUUUUGACAAGGUUAUGAUGCAUGUUAAGUUGAGACUAAUUUAUGCAAGACUUUUUGGACUGGUUUAUGCAGGAUUUUUUGCGGUCGAUUUUCUCUUCUUCUUUGCAAUUGAAUUUUCUAUUCAAAUUUUUGUGUUCUUCUCUUUUCAAUUUGUUGAUAUCUUGAUUAUGAUGAUUUAGGAUUGGGUUUCUAUUAGAUUUUGUUGAUACUUAACUUUGUUUCUCUUUCUAGGGGUUUUAUCCCCAUUUUUGUUUGUUUGCUUAUGAUGAUUUAUGGUUUUUGUUUCUAUCAAUUUUUAGUGUUGAGUUUUGUUGAUACUUCACUCAGUUUCUUUCUAGAGUUUUUGUUCCCAGUUGUGUUUGAUUAUGAUGAUUUAGGGUUGUGAGACGCUAUUGAUUUUUUGUCUUUGAUUUUGAUGAUUUAGAGUUUUUAGUCCAUUUAGGGUUUUGAAUUUUAAUAAUUGAUGAUUUGGGGUUUUUUUAGUUAUGGUCAUGCAGGAAUGUGUUAAGAAGUUGGAAGGCGAGAAACUAGUUGCAAGAACGUGUUAAGAAGUUGAAGAAAGACCAUGAAAGUGUUGAACUGGGAAAAAUCACAGCUGAUAUGGUAUUUAUAUUACAUGUUUCUUAGCUAGAGUUUCAAGUUAUUAGCAGUAUUAAAUGAUGUCUCACUCUUUUGUCCAUAAGCUUGCUAUGCAUGUAACUUAUUUUUGGAAGUGCACUUCUCUAAUUAAAAGGUACUUGGUGGAAUAAGAGAAAUUAGCCUUAGUGUGGCUAGGCUUAGCUGUUGACCCAGAUGAGUUAAUAUCCCAGUUGACUCAGGCUUUGCUUUUAAUAUAUUUGUGAACUAUCACUAAAAUAAGUGAAUUAUUAUGACGUUCUAAUGACUAUUGAUUAGUUGAUAGAACCUCAUAUGUAGGAUUUUUUUGUUGAUGUUCACUAAUUGGAUCUGAGGUUGGGACAUUUGUAUUUCAGGGAAUUCGCUUUAGGGGCAUGACAAUUCCUGACUGCCAGAAAGCACUUUCAGGUGCUUUUCCUGGCAGGGAGAUUUUGUCCGAGGCCAUACUGUGGCUUCUAUUGGUCGGAAAGGUAUAAUCAAAUUGAAUUUAUUGUAUAUGUUGGCUUACUUGCAACACAAUGUAGCUCAGGGUGUCACUGUGUAUGAAGGUGUUUUGGUACAUGUUCUUGGGAUUUGUUAUAUAAUCCCCGGUUCCUACAUUGUGUCACAGAUACCAAGUAAAGAGCAAGUAGAUUCAUUAGCUCAGGAAUUGCGAAGUCGUGCAAAAAUCCCAGGUUUAUUUUCUUUCCAAAUCAUAGUUUGGUAUCUUGGAGUAAAGACUGAUCAUUGUUAAUUCAAAUUUGCAGGUAAUUUCUUGAAGAAGAAUAAGUAUACUAAACCAUAGGCAUGAGUUCCAAUAAAUUAUAAGUAGUAGCCAAAAUGAAAAGCAUGCAUAUUGCAGGGACAUUUACGAAAAAGAAGACAUACAUAGUCACCGGAGUGUGCAGCGAUAUCCUUGCUUGGCCGGGAAGGGACAAGGAAGACAUUGGCAAAAAGAGAGCAUAUUUUGGAAUAAAAACAGUAGACAGAUUAAUAGAAUUUGAAUGUGGAAGUAAAGAAGACAAAACUCAUGCUGGUUUUCAUUGGAACGGUGUUAUGUUGCCAGUUUCAUUUCUUUUUUCUCCGAAUCCAUAUUUUUUAAACUCAGACUUGACAAAGACAAUUCUUAUGGUUAAUUACGAACCUAAGGAUGCAAUUGGGACCGAAAUUUUCUGGUUUCUGAAAAAUUGCUUGACACUGAAUGUUUUGAAGGAAAAGCCCAAGAAAAGCUUCUUCAACUUUUUCAAACAUCCAGAAGUCCUUGAAUGUUCUAAAGACAUUGAUGAAGAUGUUAUAUGGCAUGUUAUCUAUAUAAAUUCAAGGCUUAAUUUCCCAAGAAUAGCUUCCUACUAUAGCUUGAACAAAUUAAUUUCUUUUGUAACAGAUUGA